CAAACUUCAAGCUCUUCUUUCACUAUUUCUCAAUGUUUCUAUUUUUCUGUCUUCUCAUUGCUCACUUUAGUGGGGUUGAAAAUGCCCACGAGGUGAAUGAUGGAAGUUCACUGAGAAAUUUCAUGUCGGGAAUUGUUUCAGACCCAGGAAACUCUCUAGCUAGUUGGAGGUCUCCUGGUGUUCAUUUUUGUGACUGGUUAGGGAUUAAAUGUAACAAUGUCAGUGGGAAAGUCAUAAAGAUUCGUCUGAGUAGAAAGUCACUAGGGGGUACAAUUUCCCCUGCUCUUGGGAACCUCUCUGCUUUGAAAGUUCUUGAUCUUUCUGAGAACUUUUUCGUGGGUCAUAUCCCAAAAGAGUUGGGAUGUUUAGUUCAGCUUGAAAAACUCAGUUUGUAUUGGAAUCUUCUAGAAGGGAAGAUCCCCUCAGAGCUGAGUUCACUUCAUAACUUACGCCACCUAGACAUGGGAAGUAAUAGGCUAAAGGGUGUGAUUCCACCUUCAUUGUUCUGCAACUCAUCAUCCUCAUUGAAAAAUGUAGACCUCUCUAACAAUUCAUUAGUUGGACAAAUCCCCUUGAGUAAUGAGUGCGUGCUCUAUAAGCUUAGGCAUCUUUUAGUUUGGUCUAACCAGCUUGUAGGACAAGUUCCUCCAGCUCUUUCAAACUGUACAGAACUCAGAUGGCUUGAUUUGGGAUUCAACGAGUUGAGUGGUGAGCUACCAUCAAAGAUUGUUGGUAAUUGGCCAUAUUUACAAUAUCUUUACCUAUCCUCCAAUGGUUUUGUUAGCCAUAAUGGUAACACCAAUCUUGAACCAUUUUUUACUUCCCUUGUAAAUUUGUCUAACCUUCAAGUUCUUGAAUUAGAUGGAAACUAUCUUGGAGGGAAGCUACCUCAUAUAGUUGGAGGUCUUCCAACAUCAUUAAUGCAGCUUCACCUUGACGAAAAUCUCAUAUAUGGUUCAAUUCCCCCAGACAUUGCCAACCUUGUCAAUCUAACUCUAUUAAACUUGUCCAGUAACCAACUAAAUGGAUCAAUCCCUCCCAAUCUAUCCCUGAUGAGUAGGCUUGAGAGAGUUUUCUUGUCUAAUAAUUCUUUAUCUGGUGAGAUUCCUUCAACCCUUGGUGAUAUUCAGCAUCUGGGUCUGCUAGAUUUGUCAAGAAACUGGCUUUCUGGUUCAAUACCAGAUAAUUUUGGCAAUCUUUUACAGUUAAGAAGGCUUUUACUUUAUCAUAACCAGCUUUCUGGAACAAUACCACCAAGCCUCGGAAAAUGUGUCAAUUUGGAGACUCUAGACCUGUCUCGUAACAAGAUUUCAGGGGUGAUUCCUACUGAAGUUGCAGCCUUAACAAGCUUAAAGCUAUACUUGAAUUUGUCAAGCAAUAACUUAACUGGGCCUCUCCCAUUAGAGCUCAGCAAAAUGGGCAUGGUUCUAGCUAUCGAUUUAUCUAGGAACAACCUCUCUGGUAGAAUCCCCCUACAGUUUGAAAGUUGCAUAGCACUUGAGUACCUCAACCUUUCGGGUAAUUCUUUAGAAGGACCUCUUCCAUAUUCUUUAGGCCAAUUGCCUUACAUUCGAGCACUAGAUGUGUCUUUGAAUCAAUUGACUGGGGAAAUACCUCAAUCUCUGCAGUUAUCUUCUACUCUCAAAGAACUUAAUUUCUCUUUCAACAAAUUCUCAGGGAGCGUAUCAAUUGAAGGAGCGUUUUCAUCUCUCACCAUAGACUCUUUCCAAGGAAAUGAUGGCCUUUGUGGCUCAGUAAAAGGCUUGCAUAGCUGCCAUAAGAAACAUAGCCAUCAUUUGAUUCUCUUGUUAAUUCUGGUGCUACUCUUCGUGCUACUCUUUGGCACCCCCAUGUUUUGCAUGUUUAGGUUCAAUUCAGGAGUCCGAAAGAGACUAGCCAUUUCUAGCAUGUGGAACUUGGAAUGUGAAGAGGAAAGAAAAGAGCUCAAUUACCCAAGAAUUUCACAUAAACAACUUGUUGAAGCCACUGGGGGCUUCAAUGCUUCAAGCUUGAUUGGUUCAGGUCAGUUUGGAAAGGUCUAUAAGGGAGUCCUCCAAGACAAUACAAGAAUAGCGGUGAAAGUAUUAAAUGUUACCUCUGCUAGUGAUAUUUCAGGGAGCUUUAAAAGGGAAUGUCAGAUCCUAAAGAAGACCAGGCACAGAAACUUAAUAAGGAUCAUCAAGAUUUGCAGUAAGUCAGAGUUUAAGGCUCUUGUUCUUCCACUAAUGCCAAAUGGUAGCCUCGAAAGGCAUCUAUAUCCAAGCACUGAUUUGAGCCAGAGGUUGGAUUUGGUUCAGUUAGUAAGGAUCUGCAGUGAUGUAGCUGAGGGAAUGGCCUAUCUCCACCAUUACUCUCCAGUUAAAGUGGUGCAUUGUGAUCUUAAGCCAAGUAAUAUACUUCUUGAUGAUGAUAUGACAGCUUUGGUAACAGAUUUUGGAAUUUCAAGGCUUGUUAAAUGUGAUGAGAGCAACCCCUCCAAUAACACAACGUCUAUCAGUUCAACACAAGGUUUGUUAUUGGGUUCUAUUGGCUACAUAGCCCCCGAGUAUGGAAUGGGAAAACAUGCCUCAACUAAAGGUGAUGUCUACAGUAUUGGAGUAGUUCUGUUAGAAAUUGUGACAUGUAGGCCCCCUACUGAUGUCCUUAUCCAUGAAGGAUCUAGCUUGCAUGAUUGGGUUAAGAGACAGUAUCCACACAAGCUUGAAGCCAUUGUGAAACAAGCAUUGCAAAGGUACUUCCCUUUAAGCCUCUCGCCAGUGCAACAUAACAAAAUCUGGCAAGAUGUUAUCAUGGAACUCAUAGAGCUGGGCCUUAUUUGCACACAGAACAAUCCUUCAAUGAGACCAACCAUGCUUGAUGUAGCUCUAGAGCUUGGCAGGUUGAAAGACUUCUUGUCCAAUCCAUCACUUCAUAUGAUUGAAGAAGUCACUCACAAGGAUGAUCCUUUCUAUUGUGAAGAUAACUUAAUAACUAAGCAGCAUUGAAAGCAUUGUGAAUUUGAAUUUCAAUCCAUUCUACUAGUAACUUUAUUUUUUUUCUGUAUUGAAGUAGUUUUUAAGGCAAAAGUUAAAAUGACCGGUGAAAUAGAGGGACUGUGAUGAAAAUUAACGUAUGUAUUAUUUCUUUGUUCUCUCAUGGGUGGACUUACUUUAUGUAAGUGAUCCUAUUGGAUUUAUUGCUGGUAGGAUUCUUAUUUGUGAAGAACAUUUGUUUUUCUUUUAAAGCAUGCA